AUGGAGAUGUUAGACUCUGUCCGUGAUGACCCAACAUUUGAUCCAGAGGGCUCGGAAACAUCAGCAAUCAUUGGAGCUCGUGUAAUCGAGGCUGAGGCAACAGAGGAGAAGAUCUCUAGUGCCAGAGAGAGGUACCGAACUGUUGCUACCAGAGGCUCUUGCCUCUACUUCGUUGUGGCCCGACUUGCCAACAUAGAUCCCAUGUACCAGUUCUCUCUCAAAUACUUUAAUCAGGUGUUUACCUCAGUUAUCACCUCUAGUCCACCAGCUGAUGAAUUAGAAGCUAGGCUCCAGAUCCUGCUCCAGGAGAUCACCCUGGCCAUCUACACCAAUGUGUCCCGGGGCCUGUUUGAGAGACACAAGUUGGUCUUCAGCUUCAUGCUGUGCACCAGCAUCUUCAAGAAUGCAGGCAGCAUUUCAGAAGCUGAGUGGAGCUUCUUGCUCAGGGGUGCUUUGGCUGGAUCAGUUGUUGUGAGUGGUGACAUAUGUUUCUUUCUCGUUACCUUUGAUCUGAACAUACUAGGUCUAUUGUUGAGCUCCAACCACCUGUUGCCCUCUCUGGAUGUGCAAACAGUGUUGUGCAGUGUGAAAAUGGUCAUUCUGUUAUCGAAAGUGCUACCCAAGAAAAUAGUGUCCAGGAGGAAACUGGUGUUUGCUAUAACAGAAUAUGUAAAGUCUCAACUAGGAAAGGCAUUUGUUGAAAGUCCUUUAGUGAGCCUACCUCUGCUGUACCAAGACACAACAAAUGUGACUCCGCUAGUAUUUGUUCUAUCUACUGGCUCAGAUCCUGUUGGAGGAUUUCUGAGAUUUGCUGCGGAUACAGGCAACCGUGACCGCAUCCAGUCCAUCAGUCUAGGCCAGGGACAGGGGCCAAUCGCUGAGAAGAUGAUUGACAGUGGCAAAAAGAGAGGAGACUGGGUCUUCUUGCAGAAUUGUCAUCUGGCUUCUUCAUGGAUGUUGGACAUGGAACGUAUAAUAUUGCACAUCCAGGAGAACCCUCGUGACGUUCACACAGAUUUUCGGCUAUUCUUGAGUUCAAUGCCCUCAAACCGUUUCCCAGUUUCUGUUCUCCAAAACUCAGUGAAAGUCACAAAUGAGCCUCCAAAAGGCUUAAGAGCAAAUCUCAAGAGAGCCUUUAACGAGAUUACUGAGGAUUUCUUUGAAGAUCAUGCUUUGUAUGGGAAGUGGCGCAAGAUGAUAUUUGGCCUCUGCAUGUUCCACGCAGUGAUCCAGGAACGCAAGAAAUUCGGUCCGCUCGGCUGGAACAUCCUAUAUGAGUUCAAUGACAGUGACCGUGAGUGUGCCCUGCUCAACCUCCAACUCUUCUGUCAAGACAGCUACAAAAUACCAUGGGAUGCGCUAGAGUAUACCACAGGGGAAAUCACUUACGGUGGUCGAGUGACAGAUUAUUGGGACCAACGUACUUUGAAGACCAUUCUCAAAGGAUUCUUUGCUCCGGACACACUAGAAGAAGGGUACAAAUACUCAGAGUCUGGCACAUACUACAGCCCUGAUGUGAUCACUUUAACUGAGUUUAGGGACUUCAUUGAAAGUCUCCCACUCAUUGAGGAGCCUGAGAUAUUCGGCAUGCAUGAAAAUGCUAACCUUGCUUUCCAAACAAAAGAGACUGCAUCAGUGAUUGUAACCAUCAUGGAAGUGCAGCCCCGGGAAUCGGCAGGGGCAGAGGGAAAGUCAAGUGACGAAAUAGCUUUUGAGUUGGCAGAUAUGAUAAAAGAACGAAUCAUGACCAAAAUAGAUCCUGAUGAAGCUCAUCCAAUUUUGCUACGGACUGAUUCUAGAGGGACACUGCCAUCGUUGACCACAGUCCUGUUCCAAGAAGUGGACCGUUUCAACCGGAUGCUGCGUGUGAUGCACACCUCAUUGCGAGACCUGCAGUUAGCCAUAAAGGGCUUGGUUGUCAUGUCUGACCAACUGGAGGAAGUCUACACUUCAUUCCUAAACAACCAAGUUCCAAAAUUAUGGUCUAGAGUGGCUUACCCAUCAUUAAAAACCCUUGGAAGCUGGAUACGAGAUCUUGAAUUAAAACUUGAUUUUAUUUCAAUGUGGCUAAAGUGGGGCCAGCCAACUUCGUUUUGGUUAUCUGGAUUCUUUUUUCCUCAAGGCUUCAUGACUGGGUGCCUGCAGACCCACGCUCGUAAGUAUAGCACUCCCAUAGAUGAGCUGAUGGUGGACUUCACUGUUCUGGAUACUUACAUUGAUCAGGAGGCUAUAGAAUUGAUCCAUCGAGGGAGUAUCCGAGAGGAUGAACAAGCCUACAAGGACCUAGUAGUUCCCACAGAUGGAGUACUGGUACAUGGUUUGUUUGUUGACGCUGGUCGAUUCGAUGAGAAAGUUGGGUAUUUGUGUGACCCAAAGCCAGGAGAAAUCAAUCCACCAUUGCCUGUGAUGCAACUACUCCCGGUGACCAAGAUGGAUACGACGCGACUGCGCUAUGCUGCGCCACUCUACAAGACUUCCGUACGUGCAGGAACCCUCAGCACCACUGGUCACAGUACCAACUACGUGGUCACUGUGCACCUGCCCUCCCGUGAGCCCCAGAGCCACUGGAUACUGCGGGGCACGGCCCUCCUUACUCAAAUUACUGACUGACAUGUUCACAGCUUUGUUUUUGUUUCAUGAAUAAACGGUUUAUUCUUUUUGUGUAAAA